AAUUAAACUUUCUCAACCGUUCCUUUGAAAAUUUUAGGCUUGGCGCCUCUAUAUAUACUCCACUUCCAGUUCUAACUUCUCAUCAAAAGUCAUCUUAAACAUUGCUUUUUGCAAAGAUGGCUUCUCAGCUCUUCCUUCUUGUGCUUGUUGCUCUUGUUUGCACAACAAAUGGUAGGAAGCUUGUGAGCUCAAAGGGUUCUUUCGAAGAUGAGAAAACUCUCUUUCAUCAACCAGGAUUCGGUGGUGGAGGUGGUGGUGGUUUUGGGGGCGGUGGAGGUGGAGGGUUAGGAGGUGGUUCUGGUUUUGGUGGUGGGGCUGGUUAUGGUGGGGGUACUGGUGGCGGUGGUGGACUUGGUGGAGGCGGGGGUGGAGGGUUUGGUGGUGGUGGUGGAGGAGGAUUAGGUGGAGGGUCUGGUUUUGGAGCUGGUGGUGGAUAUGGAGGUGGGGCGGGAGCUGGUGGUGGACUUGGAGGAGGAGGUGGUGGAGGCUUUGGCGGUGGCGGUGGAGGUGGUCUUGGCGGUGGUGCCGGUGGUGGAUAUGGUGGAGGAGCGGGUGGUGGGAUUGGAGGGGAAUUAGUUUCAUUCCCAUUGUCACCAUCAACUUGUUGGCAUUAUAGUGGCGGAACCAUUGAAGGAUCAGGGUCGCCCAAUGAAGCCAAGCCAGAAGCUACUGAUCAAGCUUUGCAGGUUAAGCCAUAA